AAAGACAGAAAGAGCAGAUCAUCACCAUGUCCAUGGAUGAAGUUCCAAGCCGGAGGUUACUAGGGAAAGUUGCAUUGGUGACUGGUGGAGCCACUGGUAUUGGAGAAAGCAUUGUACGCCUAUUCCACAAACAUGGGGCAAAAGUUUGCUUAGUUGAUGUGCAGGACAACCUGGGAUUGCAGGUCUGCGAGUCGCUUGGCGGUGACGCAAAUGUUAGUUAUUUCCAUUGUGAUGUCACAAAAGAAGCUGAUGUUAGUGGCGCAGUUGAUUUCACAGUUGAUAAGUAUGGCACACUUGAUAUCAUGGUCAACAAUGCUGGGGUAUCAGGUUCAUCCUGUCCCGAUAUCCGCAAUGUAGACUUAUCUGAAUUUCAGAAGGUGUUCGAUAUUAAUGUGAAGGGAGUUUUCCACGGAAUGAAACAUGCAGCCGGGACGAUGAUCCCACGGAAAAAGGGUAGUAUCAUUUCUCUUUGCAGUGUUUCAAGCACUACAGGAGGCAUAGGACCGCAUGCAUACACAGGUUCCAAGCACGCUGUGUUGGGGCUGACAAAGAAUGUUGCUGCUGAGCUUGGAAUUCAUGGCAUACGUGUUAAUUGUGUCUCCCCUUAUGCAGUGGCAACUAAUUUGGCUUUGGCUCAUUUAAUCGAGGAGGAGAGAACAGAAGAUGCCUGGGCAGGGUUUCGGGAUUUCGUAGGCAGAAAUGCCAAUUUGCAGGGAGUGGAGUUGACAGUCGAUGAUGUUGCAAAUGCUGUGCUCUUCUUAGCAAGUGAUGAGUCCAGGUAUAUAAGUGGGGAUAAUCUCAUGAUUGAUGGUGGAUUCACGAGCGUGAAUCACUCGCUUAGAGUCUUCAGAUGAGGAGUGAUCUGAGGCUCUGAGCCUAGAGCUUGUUGUAUUGUUGUUCAUGGUCAGCUGUGAUUACUUGCUUAAAAUCUUCAAAUGAGAAGUAAUCUGAGCUUGGAGCUUGUUGUAUUCUUGUUCUUGGUCAGCUGGGAUUUUCAAGCGAAAGGUUGGACAUGGAAUCGCAAAUGCUGGAGAAUAUCAUAUGAACAUCAACUGAUCAAUUCCUUAUUAUCUGUUUGAUAUUGUAAAAUUAAUUGAAUCAUCACAAAAUUGAAACUGAAUGGUGUGAUUGUUGCUGGUAUAAGUUCUGAUUCCAGCAAAAAAUCUUUUGCUGUUCUAAGGGGGCACUUAUCUCCUAGACAAUGUAAUACUGCUUGUUUUGAUAUAUCAAGUGCAAAAUGACUGCUGUUUUC